UCAAGGAUGCAGGAAGUGCAGUCAACGUCAUCAUACUUCCAUCCAUCGAGAUACACCGCCUAAAUCUGCAUCACAGACACUUGCAGACAACGCACAAGAUCCGCUUUCCGCUCAAGUAUUGCUAGCUACCGCUUUAGUCCAGGUCCGCCCACAUCAUGGUAAUCCAAUCACCGCCAGAGUGUUGAUUGAUCAAGGUUCAGAGCUCUCAUUUAUGAGACAGUCGCUCUUCAAGAAGCUUGGACAACCGCUACAGCGUGACAUGGUCAUGCUCAAGGGCAUUGGCAAUGUCUCCGCAGGAAACUCACUAGGUGUGAGCACAAUUGAGCUUCGUUCGCUGUGUACGACCGCAUCAAUGCAUGUCAGCAUGCAUAUUCUACCAACACUGACGGUAGAUCUUCCAUCGUUCGUGAUCGCUGAUCCGAAAUGGCUGCAUCUUGAGAAUCUCAAGCUCGCUGACCCGCAGUAUCUACAGCCACGCCCUGUAGAUAUUAUUCUAGGUGCAUCACCAGCCGCACAGAUCAUGAACGCAGAGAUUCAACGAGGACCUCGCAAUGCUCCUAUUGCACAAUCCGCCACGCUUGGUUGGAUUGUCUAUGGAGCUGUCACCGCUAAACACGCUUCAACAUCACACGCAGCCAUACAUGCGUCAGUAGAUACUGAAUUACAAGACGCAAUCGCUAAGUUUUGGGAACAGGAAGAAGUUCCAUCAGGAAAUUCACCGCUCAACACCGCUGAAGAAGACGAAUGUGAAAUUCACUUUCGUCAAACGCAUUAUCGACAGCCUGAUGGACGCUACGUAGUGAGAUUACCGUUUAAGGCCCUUGAGAGUCAACUUGGUGACUCUAUCAACGCAGCUAUGGGGUCACUCCGCAGAUUAAUAACUCGCUUGUCACGAGAAAGAGAAUAUUCUGACAUGUAUCGUGCAUUCAUGGCAGAAUACAUUCAACUAGGACACAUGGUACGAGUACCAGUCAACGAAUUGCCCGCAAACGCUUACUUCUUGCCUCACCAUGGGGUAUUGAAGCUUGAUAGUGCCACUACGAAGCUCCGCACAGUGUUCAAUGGUUCCUGUGCAACAUCUACAGGAAUUUCAUUGAACGACAUUCUCCACGCAGGACCCAAAACGCAAAUUGACAUUUUUGAUGUGAUGUUGAGAAUCCGUUGCAGCAGGAUUCUAUUCGCUACUGACAUCACCAAGAUGUUCAGACAGAUUGAGGUCGACUCGCUUGAUUGGCCGCUUCAGUGCAUUCUCUGGAUAGAUGAGAAUGAAUUAAUAGACGCUUACUGUCUCAAGACAGUCACAUACGGAACCGCUAGUGCACCUUUUGACGCAGUACGUGUGCUUAUCCAACUAGUAAAGGAUGAAGGACACCGCUUUCCGCUAGCUGUUGCUCCAAUGUUGAAAACACGCUACGUAGAUGACAUCUACGGUGGAGCAGACAACGAAGAAGACGCUAUCAAGGCUGCAGUACAAACAAAAGCUCUGUGUGCAGCAGGCUGCUUCCCGCUUGCCAAAUGGGCUAGCAAUAGCCCACGGUUACUCGCUGAAGUCGCUCCAGAAAAGCAGCUGGAUACACCACUUAAAGAAAUCAGUGAUGCACCAGUGAAAGUCCUGGGCAUGUACUGGAAUUCACGCACUGACGCUCUCCAGUUCAAGUACACGCUACCGCCAGAGACGCCUAAGACAAAGAGAGCUAUUUUGUCUGAAAUCGCUAAACUGUAUGACCCGCUAGGACUUCUCGCACCAAUAGUCGUCAAAGCCAAGAUCUUUAUGCAAGAUCUGUGGCUAGAUAGAGUGUCAUGGGAUGAACAAUUGUCACCAUCACUCAUUCACAAAUGGACUGGAUACCGCGAGGAUCUUCGAAACAUCGAAUCCAUCCGCAUUCCACGCUGGAAUAAUAUAGCACCUGGAGCAACUAUGGAAUUGCACGGGUUCUCAGACGCUUCGCAAAACGCUAUGGCUGCCGCUGUUUAUUUGAGAGUCACUGACGCUGAUGGGAACACAAAGGUCUCACUUCUGUGUUCAAAAACGCAAGUAGCACCGCUGAAGACCAUGACAAUCCCACGCUUGGAAUUAUCUGCCGCAUGGUUGCUAACACAACUGAUACUUCAUGUUAAAGAAGUUCAGUCGCUUGAAAAUGUCAGGAUCAAUCUUUGGACUGACUCCGCCGUGACUCUCGCAUGGAUUAAAAGUCCAGCAAUCCGCUGGAAGACAUUCGUCCGCAAUAGAGAAAACAAAACCCCGCCAAGAGGUAUACCUACGCUAAAACUGAAACAACACGCUCUCUGGUGGCAUGGACCAACUUGGCUUCAUGAACCAAAAUCCUCUUGGCCCACUCUGGAGCCUCCAACCGACAACGCAACGCAUCGAGAAGAACGCCAAGGUCUGACACUAGUAACUUGGAAAGCAGAAAAUUGCCUGCUCCAACAAUUACUGUCGCAUUACACGCAGCUGUUUCCACUGCUACGGAAGCUUAGCAUCUGGCAUCGUGCCAUCGACCGCUUUAAAAGAGUUCCACAAUUUUCGCUGGCCUACCCGCUUACUCCAUCAGACCUGGAGCGCGCUAAAUUGACCUUGAUUAAGUUCACUCAAGGACAAUACUUCGCUAGAGAGAUUCACACGCUACAAGAUGGUGAUGGUCUGCCUAAAAAUAACAGCAUCACUAAGCUGACUCCGUUCAUCGACCAUCAGGGGGUCCUGAGGGUCGGUGGCCGCUUGAAAAACGCAUUGCUGGACCCAGAAGAGAGGCAUCCAGCGAUUCUACCGCGACAAUCACCGCUUACAUCAAUUUUGAUUGAUGAUUCGCACCGCAAAACGCUUCACGGAGGUACUCAGCUUACGCUCGCUGACUUACGCAAGAGUGUCUGGAUCAUUGGAGGACGUGUUCCAGUCAGAUCAUUUAUUUUACGCUGCGUUAUCUGCACGAGACACCGUGGAGAACGCGCUCAACAGUUGAUGGGUCAACUACCCGCCGCACGAGUACAGCCAACCCGAGCCUUCUUGCAUACAGGACUCGACUACGCUGGACCUAUCACGCUGAAAACGUUUCAAGGACGUGGAGCAAAAACAUACAAAGGCUGGAUUGCAGUCUUUGUAUGCAUGUUCAGUUCAGCUGUACAUUUAGAGCUAGUAACUGACUACACCGCUGCCGCUUUCAUCGCCGCUUAUCGCCGCUUCACUAGUCGCCGAGGUAUCUGCCACACGCUAUAUUCAGACUGUGGAACCAAUUUUGUAGGAGCAGAUAAAGAGCUGAAACGACUAUUCGCUGCAGGAUCCCGCACAUUACGAGAAUUAUCAACCUUGAUUGCUCAAGAUGGCACGAACUGGAAAUUCAAUCCGCCUGGAGCUCCACAUUUUGGAGGAAAAUGGGAAGCCACUGUGAAAUCUAUCAAAUUUCACCUUCGAAGAACAAUCGGAGACUCGCUGUUGACGCUUGAGCAAUAUUCAACGCUACUGGCUCAAAUUGAAGCUAUAUUGAAUUCCAGACCGCUCACACCGCUGAAUAAAGAUCCUGCUGACCUGGUUGUACUGACUCCAGGUCACUUCUUAAUCGGACAGUCACUGACCGCUAUCCCAGAGCCAUCGCUGACAGAUUUACAACCUGCUCGGCUCUCGCACUGGGAACAAGUCCAGCAAAUGGUUCAACAUUUCUGGAAACGCUACUACCAGGACUGCAUCCACCGCUACCAGGCUAUUUCAAAGUGGCAUCAUCGACGCAACCAGAUCAAGGUGGGUUCAGUUGUACUGAUCACCACUGAGGAUCUCCCGCCAACCAAGUGGCCAUUAGCCAAAGUAAUUGCUGUCCAUCCAGGUGAAGAUGGACAAAUCCGUGUAGUAACUGUUAAGACAGUUAACACAGAGCUGGUACGUCCAAUUACAAAGCUCUGUGUCCUGCCGCUAACGCAUGAAGAAGAUGAUCUUGUCGACGCAGCCGCCAACCCGGGGGAGAAUGUUCGGUGA